GGCGCAACCUUUGCGCUCGUGACACCAUACUCGGAGCUGAUUGGCUGUCGCAGACGUCCACGCGGAAAAGCCCUCGUACGCAGUGCCGAGCUGCAGUGCAGUCUGGGAACUGUCAACCCUUUAGCUCUAGAUGUGCGGCGAUGGGAGGUACAGUACGUUCACCUCUGAUUUUUAGGACGUUCGAGAGAAACAGGAACAUGUAGAUGAAACCGCCGGUAGUCUGUUGUCACAGUGUUACUCUCAGGGCUCCAGGUGUUUUUGUAGGGGGUGUUCUCGGCAGAGGGCCCCAAUCAGCUAGCUCACGUUCACAUCAGCCGUGUUUACCUAUCGAAGCGGAUGCAAUAAUUGAAUGACAGCCCCAAACGGUGUGAUGUACGCAUCUGUGGCCUGUGUGCUUCAUUGAAGUAUUAACCAGCUGGGAGGAUGAAUGCAGAGGAGGUGGAGCUGCUCGGUGACUCAAAGUACAGGAACUAUGUGGCUGCAGUGGACAAAGCCCUCAAGAACUUUGAGUACUCCAGUGAGUGGGCAGACCUCAUCUCUGCACUGGGAAAACUCAACAAAGUUUUGCAGAACAAUGCAAAAUAUCAAGUUGUUCCCAAGAAGCUGACGAUAGGCAAACGGCUGGCUCAGUGCCUCCACCCUGCCCUGCCCAGUGGAGUCCACCGGAAGGCCUUGGAAACCUAUGAGAUCAUCUUUAAGAUCAUCGGGCCCAAGAGGCUGGCCAAAGACCUCUUCCUCUAUAGCUCCGGACUCUUUCCAUUGCUGUCUAAUGCUGCCAUGUCUGUGAAGCCUGUGCUCCUGGGGCUCUAUGAGACCUACUAUCUACCACUGGGGAAGACACUGAAACCCGGCCUGCAGGGCUUGCUGACUGGAGUUCUGCCUGGUCUGGAAGAGGGUUCCGAGUACUAUGAUAGAACCAACACCUUAUUGGAAAAGGUGGCUGCAGCUGUGGAACAGUCGGCCUUCUACAGUGCCUUAUGGGGCAGCAUCCUGACCAGCCCUGCCGUGCGUCUUCCCGGGGUGUCCUUUGUUCUGCUGCACCUCAACCGCAAGCUCUCCAUGGAGGACCAGCUGUACGUCAUCGGGAGCGACAUCGAGCUCAUGGUGGAGGCGGUCAGCACCUCCGUCCAGGACUCCAGUGUUUUGGUGCAGAGGAGCACUCUGGACCUGAUCCUCUUCUGCUUCCCCUUCCACAUGAGCCAGGCCACCCGCCCUGACAUGAUCCGGAUCCUCUCUGCAGCUUUGCAUGUGGUUCUGAGAAGAGACAUGUCAUUGAACCGCAGACUCUACGCCUGGCUGCUCGGCUUUGACAACAAUGGGGUGACCGUAGGACCCCGCAGCACACGGCAGAGCAACCCUGAGGAGCACGCUAAUCUCUACUUCAACACCUACUCUAAGGACAUGCUGGUCCAGGCAAUGAUUGGCAUCCUUCAGGGUAAGGCCCGUGGUGGAGAAGAAGAGAGCGUUCUCAUGCACGACCUGAAGCCAUUCCGCAUCCUCAUCAGUCUGCUGGACAAACCUGAGCUCGGCCCAGCUAUCCUUGAGGACGUUCUCAUUGAGGUGUUCCGAACUCUCCACACACAGUGCCGAACAGAGUUGGACCUGCAGAGCCAGAGUCCGUUCAGCAAAGAUCACACACACCUCAGCAGUAAACUGCGAGAGAACAAAAAGACAGCAGAGCUGAUUAAAACAGCCAACCUCCUCUUCAACUCCUUUGAGCCUUACUACAUGUGGGACUACAUCGCUCGCUGGUUUGAAGAAUGCUGCAGGAAAACGGCGAGCAUCAGCACAAAUGCCGCUCGGCAUGCUGGUAGCUCAGAUCCCCCCGAGCCUGUCUUGGUAGAGUUCUGUCAACUGGUUGAUUUUCUUCUGGAUAUUGUUUCCCUGCCUACUAGAAGCAUGAGGGUAAUCUGCCAGGAGACAUACAUAGAAAUCCAGACGGAGCAUCUCCCUCAGCUGCUGUUGCGAAUGGUGGCGGCUCUGACCUGCCACCUUCAGGCCCCGGGCCACGCAGAACUCACCCACUGCCUCCGCCUCUGCUCCAAGAUCCUCAGUAAGGUGCAGCCACCCCUGGUGUCCCCUCUGGCUCUACCUUCGGGCCCCCAGGCGCAGGCCCUCCCCAGCUCUGCCGGAAACCCAUCGAACUCUGUGAGAGACAAAAGCAAAGACGCAGAGGCUCUCCACUCCACUUUAGAGGAACAUGACAGUGAGGUGUUUGAAGGAGAAACCCCCCAUAGAGGUCACUCCUUUGAAAGUGGCUUCACAGACUUUGUCCAGUACCAGGAGGACGGCCCAGAGGAGUCGGAGCAAACCCCCCAGUCUGCUCUGAGAACAGGAGGCCGAUCCUCUGGCCCAUGUCAGACCAAGCCUCUGGACAAACCGGUCAUGCAGAGCUGCCUGGAGCACUUUCAGCAGUUCCUUUCCCGCCUCAUCACCUUGUACAUCAUUCCUGGACAGGUGGAUCAGUCUGAGAGUCGGGGUGGGGAGCUCGUGGACCCGUUGCAUUCAGAGGGCUCCCCGUACCGUGACUCGCACACAGCACUUGAGACGAUCCCCAGAGACUUUGUUGCUGCCUUCACUGCUGCCUGCCAGCUCUUCCUGGAAUGCUCCAGCUUCCCGGUCUACAUCGCUGAGGGAAAUCUGAAGUCGUCCCCCACUCUGGAAGAGCCAUUUGACAGUGAUCAGGUCCGUCUGCCUGUGUGGCUGCAGACACUGAUGGAUGCCUGCUGCCUGGCCAACGACUUCAGCCUCCAGGGCGCAGCCAUCUCCUUGCUCAUGGACCUCAUAGGGCUGACACAGUCAGUUGCCAUGGUAACGGCUGAGAGCGUGGCCUCUGGCAGCAGCGGCUUCGAGUCCACACAGACCAUGAGCCCCAGUCAGGGUCGAGUGGCCGUGAUCAUCAGGCCUCCGCUCACUCAGGGAAUCCUGAAGCACAUUGCAGAAAGGACAGACUUUUUUAAGAGUGUGGCUCUGAUCUUGUGGCAUCAGCUGAGUGAAGGAACACCUCAGCAUCACCAGCGGAGCGUGGAGCUCUUUUACCAGCUUCACAACUUAGUUCCUUCGUCCAGCAUCUGCGAGGACGUCAUCAGCCAGCAGCUCAUGCACAAGGACAAGAGGAUUCGGUUGGAGGCUCACGUGAAGUUCUCAGUUUUGUGGCAUUUAACUCGAGAUUUGAACAUCACUAAGUCCUCUCCCUUCAGUCGCACAUUUGACAGGUCUCUCUUCAUCAUGCUCGACAGCUUAAGCUACUGGGAUCCGUGCACGAGCGCCGUCGGCCGAGCAUGGAUCAAUCAGGUCCUCCAGAGACAUGAUAUUGCUCGGGUGCUGGAGCCGCUCCUUCUGCUCCUGCUCCACCCUAAAACUCACCGAGUUUCUAUUCAGAAGGUGCAGGCGCAGCGCUACCUGGCUAAUGUUUUCUCUGGUCCUGAUCAGGAUCCAGUAGAUCCCAUUUAUGAAAACUUCAGUCGGCUUCGAGGUGAAAGGCUUGGACAGGAGGAGCUCCACGGUCUGGCCGUGAGCGACCUGGAGCCGUUCUGCCUGACUGUUAACCCUUUAAGCGACAGCUUGUCCAUUCUGAGUCUGAGUAGUGAGAACCUCCAAGUAGCUGUUGAUUAUCAGCCGACUGACCAGCAGGGGGAGCUGCAGGGCUCAGAGUCCAGCGGAUCUCCUUCACCUACAGUGGAAAACUGUAGCUUUGAAGAACCGGACCGGGUCAGCAGCUCAGUGAAAGGGUCUGAGGGGCAGCUCGGCUCUUCAGAGAGCACAUCUGAAAAUUCUGUGGAGGAAGCUGUUUCCUCUGUCCUAAAAGAUGUCCUAGACAGAGUUAUGAACAUGAUGGAUGAGGAAUCUGCUGAAGUCUCAUCUCAACAUGAACAGUGGCCCCAGACUGAUUCAGACAGCACGUCAUCGGACACCUCCACCGGUCUCCGUCUGGACCUCUGUCCUCCUCAGUGCUCCAGCCACCAGACUUUGCCUGAGAUGUUAGCUGGAGGCACGCUAGAGUUUCUGUCUGUCACAGAGGAGCAGCACAAAGAGGGCAUUGUCCGCCAUAGCUCCUCCCCCUCAAUUGUGACAUUGCCAGACAGCUCCGAUCCAGCCACUCCGGACCACAACCUUCAGGUGGACGACCCUCAGACCCGGAAGCGGAGCCACAGCAGCACUCAGCUCAGCCUGAAGGGGAAGAUCAUGGAGAGACUGGCAGACAAGUCUCCGGGGGCAAAACCAAAGAUCAAGAAGACGAAGAGGAAAGAGGAGGAGAAGCUGCGAAGAGCAGCAAUUCAGGCCGAAAAGCUGCGUCCACCCAGCAUCUUCUUUGGAGACAGCCUGGAUCUGGAGAACUGGUACAGCUGUGGGGAGGGGGAGGUGUCUGAGAUCGAGAGCGACACUGGCUCACCGAGCGGGUGCUCAGGAGGAACGGUGGGGGGUGUCAGCGUCACGGGGCACAGGCCGUCCUCCACUCCACCUCGUUUUAACAUCCAUCCUCUCUACCAGCACGUUCUGCUCUACCUCCAACUGUACGACUCCUCCAGGACCCUGCACGCCCUGUCGGCCAUCGCCGCCAUGCUACGAGCCGCCCCCUCAGGCUUCGUGAGCGCCAUCUCCACCACUAGCAUCAACAACACCUACACGCCGCAGCUCUCUCUGCUUCAGAACCUGCUGGCCCGUCACAGAGUCUCCGUCAUGGGCAAAGACUUUUACUGCCCCAUUCCCCAGGACUCACAUUCCCACUCGUUUCGUAGCGCCAUGUACCUGGAGAUCAUCAUUUCUCUCUGCCUCUACUUUCUGAGAAGUUACUACUCCGCCCAUGUCACAGCAGGCCCUCAGGACUUGGCGGGAAACCGAGCCAUGCAGCUCACCAGCGUGGAAGUCCUCACGCUGCUGUUCAGCGAGCUCACCAAAGUCACCGGCGGCUCGGCGAAGGGCUUCGCUAGCUUCAUCAGCGACGUCCUCUCAAAGUGUAAAGUUCAGAAGGUGGUUCUCCACUGCCUGCUGUCCUCCAUAUUCAGUGCACAGAAAUGGCACGAGCAGCGGACAGCGGGGGUGAACACCGCGGCGGUGGAGGAGGGACUGUCAGAGGACAGCGUCAUCAACCUGUCGGAGGACCAGAUGGACGGCUGCAGCGCCGUGCAGUCCCAGCUGCUGCGCCUGCUGCACAGCCUGAUUGUGCUGGAGCACAGAGUUCUGCUGCCGGCCGACGAGGGGGGAGACGGCGGGUCUGCGGGAGGAGGUGGAGGAGCAGGAGGCGGUAGUGGGGCGGGGUUUGAGGUCUUAGGUGGAGAGGUGGAGCAUGUCAACCCCCAGCAGCCAAUGACUUCCCUGCAGUACCUUCAUGGGCAGCCUAUCACGGCACAGGGCAUGUUUCUGUGUGCGGUGAUCAGGGCUCUGCAUCAGCACCACGCCUGCAAGAUGCAUCCUCAGUGGAUCGAGCUCAUCACAGCCUCCCUGCCUUACAUGGGGAGGGUGCUGAGGAGGGUGGUGGCCUCAGUCACUCUGCAGCUCUGCAGAAACCUGGAUAACCUUCUCCAGCAGUACCGCUAUGAGACCGGACUAACUGACACCAGGCCACACUGGAUGGCUCUUUGUAUUCCCCCUGACCUGAUUCUGACUGUCCUGGAGGGGGUGACCACCAUUAUCCAUUCCUGUUUACUGGACCCCACUUCUCAGUACCACCAGUUACAGGUGAGUGUUGACCAGAAGCACCUUACUGAGGCUCGCUCAGGCAUCCUGUCCAUCCUCCACACCAUCAUGACCUCCGUCACCCUCCUGUGGAGCAUUCUCCACCAAGCUGACAACUCGGACAAGCCAGCUGCCGCCUCAGCCGCCUCCAUGUCCAACAUCAACCUGGGCUCCACAAAGAAUCUCAGACAGCAGAUUCUGGAACUGCUGGGUCCGAUCUCCAUGAACCACGGUGCUCACUUCAUGGCAGCAAUAGCCUACGUUUGGAACGAGAGGAAACAGAUCAAAGCUCCAGUCAGAAAUAAGGUGAUUCCUGCAGCCACAGAGGAGCAGCUGCUGCUGGUGGAGCUGGUUCGUUCAGUGAGCGCCAUGCGCACAGAGACCGUCAUCCAGACGGUCAAAGAGGUGUUGAAGCAGCCGCCCGCCAUCGCAAAGGACAAGAAGCAUCUGUCGUUGGAGGUGUGCAUGCUGCAGUUUUUCUAUGCAUAUGUGCAGAGGAUCCCUGUUUCCAGUUUGGUUGACAGCUGGCAGCCCCUGCUGGUUCUGCUGAAGGACUCGGUCCAGCUGGGCCUUCCUGCUCCUGGACAGUUUCUCAUUCUGGGGAUUCUGAAUGAAUUUAUUCUGAAGAACCCCAAUCUGGAGAGCAAAAAAGACCAACGAGAGCUGCAGGACGUCACCCAUAAGGUGGUGGAGGCCAUCGGAACCAUCGCAGGCUCCUCUCUGGAGCAAACCACGUGGCUGAGGAGAAACCUGGAGGUCAAGCCGUCUCCUCAGAUUGUCGUGGAUGGAACAAACCUGGAAGCUGAUGUGGAAGAUUUGAUGCUCACAGUGAUGGAGGAAUCCAGCUUCACUCCAUCAGUGUACAGCGUUCACGCCCUUACUCUGCUGGCCAAGGUGCUGGCUCAUCUCCUGGACAUGGUGUUCUACAGUGAUGAGAAGGAGAAGGUCAUUCCACUGCUGGUUAAUAUCAUGCACUAUGUUGUGCCCUACCUCCGGAACCACAGUGCCCACAACGCCCCCAGCUACCGCGCUUGUAUCCAGCUGCUGAGCAGUCUGAGUGGGUACCAGUACACCCGCCGUGCCUGGAAAAAAGAGGCCUUUGACCUCUUCAUGGACCACACCUUCUUCCAGAUGGAUGCUUCCUGUGUCAGCCACUGGAGAGCCAUCAUUGACCACUUGAUGACUCAUGAUAAAACUACAUUCAGAGACCUCAUGACUCGGGUGGCUGUGGCCCAGAGCAGCUCUCUGAGUCUGUUCACCAACAGAGAUGCCGAGCUGGAGCAGAGAGCCAUGCUGCUCAAGCGGCUGGCUUUCACCAUCUACAGCAGCGAAGUCGACCAAUACCAGAAGUACCUGCCGGACAUACAGGAGCGUCUGGUGGAGAGCCUGCGUCUGCCUCAGGUGCCCAUCCUUCAUGCUCAGGUUUUCCUGUUCUUCAGAGUGCUGCUGCUGCGCAUGUCCCCCCAGCACCUCACCUCACUGUGGCCCACCAUGAUCACUGAGCUGGUUCAGGUUUUCCUACUGAUGGAGCAGGAGCUGAUCGCAGAUGAGGACAUCACAAGAUCAUCAGGGCCUUCUAUUGCUGGUCUGGAAACCACCUACUCAGGCGGGAACGGCUUCUCCACCUCCUACAACAGCCAGCGCUGGCUCAACCUGUACCUCUCUGCCUGCAAGUUCCUGGAUCUGGCCUUGGCCCUUCCUCCUGAGAGUCUGCCGCAGUUUCAGAUGUACCGCUGGGCUUUUGUACCUGAGGCGUCGGAUGAUUCGGGGAUGGAAGUGAGACGUCAAGGGACCCAUCAGAGAGAGUUUAAGCCGUAUGUGGUCCGUUUGGCAAAGCUUCUGAGGAAACGGGCGAAGAAAAACCCAGAGGAGGAUUGUUCCACCAAAACUCUGACCUGGGAGCCGGGACACCUGAUGCUGACCCUGUACAUCAUCCGCAGCAUGGAGCAGCUGCUGCCCUUCUUCAACCUGCUCAGCCAGGUGUUUAACAGCAAGGCGAGCAGCCGCUCCAGCACAGCCUACGCCCAAAACCCCAAUGAUGCUUCCUUCCCCGGUCACAAGGAAGGCCACAAGCUGGAGAGCCAGAAGGUCUUCUGGAGUCGAGCUCGACAGAACAUUGAGGAAAUGGUGGAGAAAGACUUCCUAGAGGGUCUUAUCAAGACGUGAAACCACAAGCAGGAACAGGAAGUGACCAGAUGACAUCACUAGUAAAGAUCUUCAAAGUGUUCAUUCAAGAACAAACAUGCGGGAUACAAACGAGAGAACAAUUUGUACUUUUUUGUUGUAUUUAUAAUGAUUCCCUUUUCAAAAACUAGUGUAUUUAAUUUUAAAUAUUUGUAUAUAAAGAACUUUGAUGAGUUUUAACAUUUCAUGUGGGUCCUUUUGGACCAAGUGCCAUUCCAUAUCGAUGUAACUUAAUAAAAAAAGAUUUCUAAUGAGAAA